CUUAACUAUGUAUUGCCUCGUCUACGAGAGUGCAGUUCCGUCUCUGACUUCAACUUGGUAUCUAAACCACGAGUACUCUCCCCCCUCCUUCGUCUCUCUUUCUCUCUUCCUGUCCCUAAGUCCCGCUAUCAUUCUUAUUCUUACUCUAUUGCUCGUUUUAACGCUCGUUUGUGCGUGAACACGUGUCAAAUUUGCAUAACAUGGGCAAGUGCAAAAGCAAUGAAAAAGUAGCGCCACAAAGGAGAAGUUUCAAAGUGAUAACUCAACGCAACGUAUACAGUAUGUUUAUCGUGCUUCUAACAAUAUUGGAGUUUGGGACAGUUCCGCAACAGCGUAUUGGCUUUUACUGCAAUGAUCCAAAAAUAUCUUUUAAAUUCAUGGGAGAUACAAUUUCUAUUACGUUACUGAUCGUCGGUAGUCUUGUAGCGCCACUCAUAGUGAUGUGGAUAGCUGAAUAUACUUACUAUCCUGCAAGUAGCUAUGAUACAGCAUUUGGGUGUGCUGGUUCGAGAGCGAAACAAGUAUGGCAGUGGUAUGGUUACUAUUCAAUCGGAAUAAUUGCUCUGACGUUUAUAUGUGAUGUGAUGAAAACUCUGAUUGGGGAACCACGACCCCAUUUUUUGGACACAUGUAAACCACGUGAAGCUAUGAACUGUACCGACGGAUACGUGGAAACCUAUACGUGUACAAAUACAGUAGAUUCGGAUUGGUUUGUCUCAGACUCCAGUAAAUCAUUUCCAUCCGGUCACUCUGCUCUUUCCACGUUUACAACUAUUUUUAUCGUGUGGUACUUACACAGUCGUUUACCAAAUCGGACGUUUUUCCUAAAACCGUGGUUACAGUGUAUGAUGUGCUUGUGGGCUGUGAUAUGUUCGUUAACCAGAAUCGGUGAUCGUAGACAUCAUUGGUGGGACGUACUCGCGGGAGGCACUUUGGGCUUUGCCUUUAGCGUGCUAACUGUUUCAGUGCAAUGUCGUAAAUUUCGCGUGGAAAACGUCUCGCAGGUGUAUAACGUCUCACAGGUGUACAACGAGCCCAUAGAAAAUAGGCAGAUCAGUUUCAACGACAAGAAACAGCAGAGUGUGAAGAAACUGUUGCACGAAACAAUUGUCGAUCUUCCGGAAGGUCGUGAAUUGAAGAACGUUAAGUCGACUACCUGGAAAGAAUGAAUAAUUAACACCAGAAAAAAAAAUCUUCAAGAGACGUUAGAAACGUUAGUUUGUAUAAAUUCAUGGAACUUCAAGCGUUAUACAAAGGAUCAGAGGUUGUAUUUCUAUUGUACC